CUUGGUACUUAUUUUUUUGUUUUCAACGAAUAAUUGAAGAUCUUUUGCAGUUUGCUCCCCGCCGGCGGGUGCCCGAAUCCACCUCCGGCCACCGGGUUGUAGAUCGUGCGGCCAGUGCCAGCCUACGUGUCCCCGGUUAUGCUCUGUUGCUGACUAGGAAGCCAUCCCUUUGUGGGGCCCGCAACCAUCUCAAAACCGACAGAGCAGACGACAGCCUCAAAAUCCCUUCUUUUUUUCUGCGUGUCCAUCUCCCUCUCCACCACCAUCUCCUCUCCAAAUCCAUGGCGUAAACCUUCUCCCGGCCUCAGCCUCGUAUCGCCCUGCCGCCCCCGCCGCCGCUAGCCCUCUCCGGUAUCCGGCAUUCUCUUCUCCCGCUAAAAUCGACGAUCCAAAAGAGAGGGUUCAGCGGUUAGAUUUGUCUUCCAAUUCUGUCACCGGCAUGGGCAUUACGAGCGAGGACGUCGUCCUGAUCCAGCCGGCGAAGACGCCCGGCGACCCCACAGUCGUCACCGUCAAUUGCCCCGACAAGGCCGGUCUCGGCUGCGAUAUCUGCCGCGUGAUUCUGGAGUUCGGCCUUCGAAUUAAUCGAGCAGAUUUCUCCACGGAUGGGAGAUGGUGUUAUAUGGUGUUCUGGGUGGCUCCAUACUCGAGCUCGCAUCGAGUUGAUUGGGAAAGCUUGAAGAAUCGGGUCUACUAUGAAACUCCUUCCUGCUUGGGUCCUUACUAUUUUGGAAACAAGUCGGAUGGUCCCUCAUCUUCAUCAUUGUACCUCUUGAAGAUCUUCUGUGUUGACAGAAAAGGAUUGCUCCAUGAUGUUACCAAAGUUCUUACCGAGCUUGAGUUCACGAUCCAGAGAGUGAAAGUUAUGACGACUCCGGACGGUCGAGUUGUGGACUUGUUUCUGAUCACGGACAACUUGCAACUUUUGCAUACCAAAGAAAGGCAAGACGACACCUGCAGAUAUUUGCUCAAUGUGUUUAAAGACAACUGUAUCGACUGUGAGCUGCAAGUGGCAGGGCCCCAGUACGAAACCUUACGGGCUUUCUCGUCCAUCCCAGAGGCCGUUGCAGAAGAGCUGUUUAGUCCUGAUCUCUUUGAAAUGGAUUCAGGUGAACAACUGGGUGAAAAGAAGGAGAAGGCCAUCAUUACAGUUGAUAAUCAGUUGAGUACUGCUCAUACAUUGCUCCAAAUAGAGUGUGUUGAUCAAAAAGGCCUCUUUUAUGACAUUCUGAGGACUUCAAAGGAAUGCAAUAUAGGGGUAGCUUAUGGUAGAUUCGCUCCAAGCAAGAAAGGACUUCGGAAUGUGGAUUUGAUCAUUCAGCAAACAAACGGAAAGAAGAUUGUGGACCCUAAGCAUCUCGAUAUCCUAUGCUCUCGCUUAAAGCACGCGAUGCUUCAUCCGCUCCGAGUGAUCAUUGUUAGCCGAGGUCCAGAUACCGAGCUCUUGGUUGCCAACCCAGUCGAGUUAUCCGGGAAGGGAAGGCCGCGUGUUUUCUACGACGUUACUUCGGCUCUAAGAAAGUCUGGAAUAUGCAUAUUCUCGGCUGAAAUCGGAAGGCACUCGACACAGGAUCGUGAGUGGGAAGUUUACAGAUUUCUCUUGGAUGAGAGCCGUGAGUUCCCGCUGUCGAGCCCUGAAUCCAGAAGCAAGGUAGUGAAGAGAGUCAGGAGAACACUGAUGGGAUGGUAGGAACAAUGCAGAUAUCCAUGGCCGAGCUGAUUGAAUGGCAUCCAACAUCAACUGUCAACUCAAAUCCCUUGUUGUAAUGCUUAGCAGGCAAUUGAUUCUUUUCUCAGUUGAGCUGUGUACAUAUUUGUUGUUUUUAGAUAAGUGAGGCCAAAAACAAUUACCCGUUUCGAUCUGUAUCUAUUAUGUAUGGUUUGUGUAUGUAUAUUUCAAGAUGGGUAGUCUCGAUUUUCUUGGUUAUGGCGGGGGAAUAUAAGUAUAUAACCCGAUGAAGGCCAUCCUUUUUAUCUCUUGCAUACUGUACAGUUUCCAGCCCUAAAACAGCUCCCCGAUGCUUUCAGAAACUACAUUCAACGUAAGAUUCCUUUCUGACAUUAUUUGUGAAAUUCUGUGAAUGUUACUACGAGGAAUGUAACACCAACUUAUUACAAUUACACCCAGUGGAAACGCGAUCGGAUGAAAACACAUUUGACCUCCAAAGUGCAAAGUUAUGCAACUCAGUGAAUUGGGAUUGGAUUACAUUCUCGAUGAAAUCUGACUUGCCUUCUCCUCCAUGCUCUGUUCUCGUUCAAUUGCCUUCAAAACAUCCCUCAAAACCACCAUCCUAUUCUUCGCAAAAGCUCCACCGUCCCACCUCCGCUUCAAAAUCCGCUCACCCAGCUCCACCGCAGCAUCAACAGUCCCUUCCGGACCUUCCCCCACAGAACCCACGAGCCCUCUCUCCACCGCCAUCUCCGCCGUCAGCUUCUCGGCCCCCAUAACAACCUCCCGUAAUACCUUCCCGCGCCCAAUCUUAAUCUCCAACAGGACCACGAACCAUUGGGGUAUCACCAGGCCAAUAUCGACCUCGCUCAUGUACAUAAAACCUCUGUCUUUCCUCAUCACCACGUAGUCAUGGGCCAAGGCCAGGAUCAUCCCGGCCGCCGCCGCGUGGCCCGUGACGGCGGCGAUGGUCGGCAUGGGGAGCGAGAUCAGGUCGGAUACGAGCAAUUGGAAUUUGGAAGACAUGAGCUUGAGGCGCGGUGAGGAGGAUUGGGCCCAUGAGAGGUCGAAUCCGUUGGAGAAGAACUUGCCGUGGUUGGUAGUGAUUAGAAUUGAAGGUGGAGAGGAUGGUGGGUGGGAUUUGAGGGUUGAUAGAUCGGAUCGGAUGGAAUCGAUUAGGUCUGGGUUGAGACGGUGCUCCCCUGGAUCUGUUAGAGUGAGGAUGUAGAUGUUUCCUUUCUUCUCUAAGCUGCACAUGUUUGUUCUUCUGUUCUGUAUAUCCUCUGUUUUUACUCUGUUUCGCUUUCGCCACUCUGUUUUUUUUUACUUGCUCUGUUUUUUUUUAUGGAUUGUUGCGACGGUUUACGAGUUCUAUAGGCGAAAGGAAGUUGGCAGUCAAAAGACGUCUGGAUGUUAGAAUAGGAACGAAGGGUUGAAGAAGCUUCAUGGUAGUUGCAGGUAAAGGGUAGCUAUCGAAUGGAAGGUGCAAUGUAAUUGAUGGUUCUGUGAAUAUGAUAAAAAAACAGAGUAAAGCAGGAAAAA